UGCUGAAGAAGAAGACUGACGAGGAAAACAGGUUUUCCGUUUGAAUGCCGCGGUGUUCUUCAUGCUAGCGUCAGUUGUUUGUUUCGGUAACAAAAAAGUUUCUCUAGCACCUCAAAUACAAUGGGAAUAGAAGACGAAGCGGACCGCACUCUUUUCAUAAGAAAUUUAGACACCAGAGUUACGGAGGAGCUUCUGUUCGAGCUGUUUCUACAGGCUGGACCUCUCGUCAGGACUAAAAUUCCCAAAGACUUUGAUGGUAAACAGAAAACAUUUGGCUUUGCUGUUUAUAAACACGAGGUGUCCGUGCCUUAUGCCAUGCAACUCCUAAACGGGACGUCGCUUUACGGAAAAAGCAUCCAAGUUCAGUUCAGAACGGGUAGCAGUCAUAGCAGUCCAGGAAACUCACAGAAUUCCAGCCCUGCAAAUACUCCAAAUCCCCACGGCCAAAGGACUCCAGUGCAGUUUAGUUCUCCGCCUUACACUCCUCCACACCAAAUGCAGAGGUCAUUUUCGUCCCCAGAUAAUCUCCCGAAGCAUGUCAUGAAGAACAACAUGUGGCAGCUUCAUAUGCAGCAGCUCGAGCAGCUUAACGGUGUCUUCUCCAAAUCUCUCCAGCGGCAGUCGCCCGCUGGCGGCAACUCUGGCAGAGGGGACCUGAGGCAACUGGACAGCGAUCACUACAGGCACCAUCCAUCCCAGAUGACCAGCGGCGGGAGAAACCAGCGCCGCGGGAACGAGCACGGCUCCGGCCGCCAUCAGCAUCACGGCCAGGGCCGGGAGAACUACUACCACCACAACGACAGGAGUGGCGGCAACCGUCGACACGACAGCCAAGGUGGAAGCAGACAUGACGAAUGGGCUGGCAACCGUGGCAACAGAGAGCACGACAACAGAUGGCGACGCUACUGAGUUGCUGUCAAUAUUUUUGUAAAAAAAAAAAAAAGGAAGUUCAGUUCUUCACAUUUUUUUGUGGACAUUUCUUUUAAGAAAAUCUGAAUUAUGUUAACAAAAAUCGUUGUAAAUACUCAGGUCGUUUGUAAAUUAUCUUACCAGUUUGAGGAUUUAAGAACCCUUGGUUUAAAGCCUCUUUUUAGGUGUUUUUAAAUUUGAACACUUUUCUUUGAUAUGACCGUUUUCUUCUCAGAUGUUCGGAAUAUUUUGAAAAUGAUUGUAUUGUCACUCGAGCAAGGACGAAAUUUAAACAUGACCGGCAGUAGAUUUUGGAUGACAAAGUUUAAAAAAAAAAAAAUGACUAAAAAAUAUUUUGUUAUGCAACAUAUUUAUAUGGUGCUCCUAACAAUGGAAACAAGUUUUUCAGGUACUUUGCUGAGAAGAACAAUAACUCAAGCUAUUAAUUGCACCAGCAACAGUGAGACAGCAACAGGGCACCACGAUUUAUUUUUUAUUUUAUUUUUUUUAAAUUAACCUUGCUCUUUUCCAGCAAAUGGGCUUUAUUUUACUUGUAUGUGGAUUUUAUUUUUUAAAACUCCGAUCUGUAAAACAUGCUGUUUUAAAUUGAACAUUUUCAUUAUAAAGCUCUUUUCACUUGA